GAGCGAGCGAGUGAGAGAGUGACGUGUGUAAACAGACUAGCUCCAGCAGUCCAAUAGAAGCAGUGGACUGGCUGUCUUUCUGAGGUAUGAGCUGUAGCCGGUUCUUCUGCAGUUUCCAGAGGAUUUCCGUGUGCAGUGCUGCUCGCUGAUAGACUGUUGUUGCUGUGCUGAUGCCGGGCGCCAAGCACGAUGGCUUUCGUCAGGAGAAAGGAGCGUUCCCGAGAGAGGUUCUCCUUGUUGUUGUUGGACCUUGAGGAGUAUUAUUUUGAACAGCAUACUGCGUAUCAUAUGAUUGGCACUGGCAGCAGUUCACUCCCAAACAGAUAUAAUCGAGGCUCACUGAAGAUCUGCUCCAAAUCAGUCAUUUUUGAGCCAGAUGAGGUGAACAAACCUAUUCUAAAGAUUCCCCUGAAAGACUGCAAACGGAUAGAAGCAGUGGAAGAGAAUGAGGGCAACCCUUUUAAAGAAAGCAAACCUGCAUGUAUACUUAUGGAAACCAAGCAGGUUUAUCUCAUUAAAGAGGGAGAUAUCGUUGCUCCGUACAAAUAUGAGAGGGGAGAAAGAAAUGUCAUAUUCCAGCUGGAUAUGCCCUUAAAAACAGAAGAUGUUGUCCAGACAUUGCUGCAGUUACACAGAGCAUCAUGUCUGGACAAGCUGGGAGACCAGACAGCCAUGAUUGCUGCUAAUUUGCAGUCCAGGUUGGCAAGAACAUCUUUUGAUAAGAACAGCUUUCAGAGUGUGACUGAGCGUCCACAUAUGGAGUGUGAGGCUGAGAUGGUGUCCCCUUUGGUGACCAACCCUGGACAUGUCUGCAUCACUGACCACAACCUCUACUUCCAGCCUCUCAACAGUUACCCUGAUUUAGUGGUGCAGAUUGGGCUGCAUAGCGUCCGUCGCAUCUACAAAAGAAGACACGGCCUGAGACCACUGGGCUUGGAGGUAUUUUGUACAGAGAAUGAUCUGUGUUCAGAUAUCUACCUGAAGUUCUACAAUACUAAAGACAGGGAUGAACUGUACUACUACAUUGCCACUUUCCUAGAGAAUCACGUAACAGAGCACACAGCAGAGAGUUACAUGUUGCAGUGGCAGAGAGGCCACAUCUCUAACUAUCAGUACCUGCUGCACCUCAACAACCUGGCAGACCGCAGCGUUAACGACCUCUCUCAGUACCCUGUGUUUCCCUGGGUCAUCAGUGACUACAGCAGCCCACAACUGGAUUUGUUGAAUCCUGCCUCGUUUCGGGAUCUAAGUAAACCUGUGGGAGCUUUAAACACAGAAAGACUGGAAAGACUACUGGACCGUUACAGGGACAUGCCUGAGCCUCGUUUCAUGUAUGGUAGUCAUUACUCCUCUCCUGGGUACGUUCUCUUUUACCUCGUUAGAGUGGCUCCAGAGCACAUGCUGUGUUUGCAGAAUGGACGGUAUGACCACGCAGACCGGAUGUUUAAUAGUGUUGGAGAAACAUGGAAAAAUUGUUUAGAGGGAGGGACCGACUUCAAAGAGCUGAUCCCCGAGUUCUACGGGACAGACAGCAGUUUCCUGAAGAACCUGUUGAGUUUGAAUUUGGGUCGGAGGCAGGGUGGAGGUCGAGUAGGAGACGUUGAGCUGCCUCCCUGGGCCUCAGAAGCAGAUGAUUUCCUGCAGAAGAUGCGUGAUGCGUUGGAGAGUCAGCAUGUUUCUGAGCACCUGCAUGAGUGGAUUGAUCUGAUCUUUGGCUACAAACAGAGAGGCAGUGAAGCUGUGGCAGCACACAAUGUUUUCCAUCAAUUAACAUAUGAGGGAGUCAUUGACUGUGACAGUAUUGAGGAUCCAGAUCAGAAGGUAGCAAUGCUGACGCAGAUUUUGGAGUUUGGACAGACGCCUAGACAGCUCUUCACCACUCCUCAUCCUCAGCGUAUCACUCCCCGCUUCCACAAUGUCUCCUCAGGAACCAGCCUCAGCACCUCGUCCAGUGACCUUUCACCAGCCUCUCCUAGCUUGGACUCUUUCGAGGACCUGACAGAAGAGAGUAAGACGCUGGCCUGGAGCAAUAUGAACAAACUCACACUGCAGUCCAGUCACAAGAUACAUAAAGAGGCAGUGACUGGUAUUGCAGGGACGUUAAGUGGAACAUCCAUUUUCUCUACGUCUCAAGACUCAACCUUGAAGAUGUCCUCUAAAGAAGGUGGUGGACUGCAGAGGAGCGUGUCCUUUUCCAACAUGGCUUUGUCCUCUUGUGUGAUGCUGCCAGAGGAUAAAACAGUGGUUUGUUCUUCAUGGGACAAUAAUGUGUACUUCUACUCAAUAGCCUAUGGUAGAAGGCAGGACACACUCAUGGGUCAUGAUGAUGCGGUCAGUCAGGUCUGCUGGAGAGACAAUCAGCUGUACACAGCAUCCUGGGACUCCACUGUAAAGGUCUGGAAGUGUGUAGCAGCAGAUAUCUCCAGUAAUAAGAGAGCUCAGUUUGAGCUGCUGGCUGAGCUGGAACAUGAGUCUGGGGUAAACACAAUAGCUCUGAGUCCUGCUGGCACACUCUUGGCAUCAGGCACUAAAGAGGGCACUCUCUGUGUUUGGGAUAUCGCCAGCUGCUCCAUACUCCAUCAACUCACCUGCCAUUCUGGAAAGAUCCACCAAGUGGCCUUUAGUCCAGACAGUAGAAACAUUCUUAGUGUGGGUGAGGAUUCGUGUUUGAAGGUUACUGACGUGCAGACGGGCAUGCUGCUUUCUACUGUUACUGCAGAGGAUGAGCAGAGGUGUUUCUGUUGGGACGGUAACACUGUGUUGACUGGUGGACAGUCAGGGAACUUGCUUAUUUGGGACCUUCUCAGCAGCAAGGUCAUACACAAGAUCCCUGCUCACUCAGGUCCUAUCACAUGUAUUUGGAUGAAUGAGCAAUGCAGCAGUGUCAUCACAGGAGGAGAAGAUAAACAAAUCAUGUUCUGGAAACACCAGUAUUGAGAGACGCACACAUAAACAUACACAACCAAGUUUGCUGGACACAAAUAUUCAGUCUAAAAGCCAUGAUCCAUUUUGACGAAACUGACACAUUGGCCAAUGAUUAUAUGAGCAUAAAUAUGAUACAGAGCGGAGAACAUUCAGUGCUUCCUGAAGUAGCCCUGUUCUUCACAUUUGCAGGAGUGCUUUUUAAUUGUAAUUAGUUGGAUCAGGUGAAUUUAGUGUUGUGAAACACCAAAAUAUGCGUGACAGGGGGCCUCCAUGACCAGGGAUGGGGGCCACUGAGUGAAUGUUUGGGCACAAAUUUCAGUGUUAUCAUGAAUCAUGCUUGUUUUACUGAUAGUGAAGCCUUUUUACAGUAAAAACACAGUCGAAAUAUUUAAACAUUACACUGUAACAUGAUGCCGAGUGUUUUAUUGUUUUAGAUUAUUCUUUUAUGAAUUUUAUUUUUCUUCACAACCAGCAUGAUGCCAUGUUAAUAAACGGGACGGGUAAGUGAGGUUGCACUAGAAAGAGAGAAAUAAGAGUCACAUAUUGCAUUAACAUUCUAAAGAACAUUUGUUUGUCUUGUCCUAUUUGGAAUACAUCGUCUUAUGCAUGGUGCAUUCUCACUCUCUGCAUCCUAUCAACAGCAUGUUUUUUUUUCUUUUCUUUUUACAUAAAAACUCAUAGCAUCAUAUUUAAGCCCAUAGAUAUCACAACAAGUAUAUGACAGAGCCUGUGCAAUACUCACAAGUAUUUAGUAAAGCAUAACGCUUUAUAAAAUAGUAUAAAAAUACUAUAAAAUAUGCGUUUACAUAACCAUUUACAUCAGGACUUGUUUCAGUUGUUGUAACGCGUUAUGUUGUUGCAGCAUUGAGGUCACACAUCACUGGUGGUGUCUACAUUACAGGGACUUGAAGUGGCUCAACCAAUAGGUACAUUCCUUUGCAGGACUGAGUUUUGUAACUUGCUGCUUUUUUAAAAGGAGGGAUGGGUGGCAGGUUCACGUUCCUCCAGCUGGUAAAGCAUAAGAAUAAGGAAAAUCAGUCCAAAUCAUACAAAGAAAAUUACCUUUUAAUAGUUGUAAAAAUGACAAUAUUAAAAAAAUACCUGAAAGCAGUAUUUAUUCAUGUAACAUGUAUAACAUUUAUUACUGCAUGCAAUCCCAAAUACCUGCUUAAAGACCAAUCAGGAAUUGCCAAAACAGUGGUGUGAACACACAGGACUGGCUCUGAACUUACUAACCUAGAUGAUCAUAGAUGUUCUUAUUGUACAUUUUACUGGCUGGGUUAUUGUUAUUAAGAACUAUGUUAAGAACUUAGUAGUCAAACCUGGUCUUGUAGUUUCAGCAGUUCAAAUUUGGGGCUUAAAUGAAACUUUGCAUUUAGUCCCUCUUUUUAUUACUUGGUUAGAUGUGACAUUUUACACAUAAUAUGCAAAAUUUUGUAUAAUCAAGACAGCUGAUUAUAUUCCUUAUUCACUUUUGUGCUGGUAAAAAGAUUGAAUCAAGUGCAUUACCCAUUAUGCAGUAAAUCUUUUUUUUUUCUUUGUUCAUUAAAAAAGUGGCAUUGACGCAGUUAUAACUAGCAUGUCAAGUUUUGCAUAUCACUAGUGCAGUUAUUUAUGUGUAAUAGUGAUCUCAGACACAACUUGAACUUUGCAGUUUUAUGUCAUGAAAUUUUAUGCAGUUUUUUUGACCUACGAAACCUGUUUGAAGCUUCAAAAACGUGCCUUAAUUAUUGAACAUUUAAGCUUGAACAUGCACCCGCAAACUUAAACUCUGCCUGCAGGUUUAUUUGGUAAAUAGACUCAUAUUUAUUAUGUAUAAAUGUUUUGAUAGGUAGGUAUUAAACUGUAUUAAUAGUUAUGCAAACAUGAAAACAAAUUGUAUGUGUGUGUGUAUAUAUACAUAAAAAUGCACAUGAUGAUUUUCAUUUUAUAUUUAUAUAUUAUUGCAGAAAGUAUUCAAAGUCUGCUCUUCAGUGAAGAGUUUUUUUUCUUGAUAUAGUUAAAAAAGAUUUAACAACUCAGCUAAGAAUUUACUCAGCUAAGAAGUUUGUAGAAAAGAUAAUUGCGCAUCAUACUGUGCAAUAUACAUCUGAAUAAUCUGUAGAAGCCAAUAUAUAAAUAUGUAGUUUAAGUCCAAAGACAUCAUGUAUAUCUAUUGCAGUAUGUGUGUAUUAACAAGUGACCUGUGUUUUGUGUUUUG